CGGGCGCGGCGGCGCGAGCCGCAUGAAUGAGAGGAACGUGCUCUGCGCGAGACGUCGCGCGCGCCCGGGACAGGGAGCCAAUGGGAACGCUGGGAGGGCUCGAGACCCGGCACUGAGGGCAACGGCCGCGCGCUGACUCGAAGGCGAGCGUCGCUGAGCGGGGGCGCGCUGAGCAGGGCGGGCGUGGAGCGUGCGGCGGCCGCGCGCUGCCUCUCAGAGGCCGGACGGCACUACCGGGAGGCGGCGGCGACUACGACGGUGGCGGUGACGGGAACAGCGCCGGGGGUGAGGCACUGUAAUCCAGUUGAACUCUGCAUCCAAAAAUCCCAAGGUUGAAGAAGAUCAGAGACAUUAUCUCACCUGGGAACAGGGACCUCUUCCACAGUAACCUUUUAAAAGUGUCAUCGAGUGGAAUUGAUUUAUUCAUCUUAUUGUGCUCAUUGGGAAGAACAUGGCUUCAGGGAUUUUAUGUUUCCCUUUCAUUUUGCAUGAACUGUAUAGGAAACGGAGCCCUUAAAGGGUUUGGGAAUAACAAGAAGAGAUUGAAGACAGACAAGCUUGUAUGGUCUCUCUCGUUUUCCCUCCCCCUUCAAAGAAAAGGAUUUACAACUCAGCCUUGAAACAGCUGCUGCCCAGCUUUAGCCAUCAAGAGAAAGUAAAUAAAAUUAAACCACCAUUGCCAGACUGCAAGCCCUGAAGUCAAGGUGUGGGAGUGGUGGCAUUGAGAAAACUGCCUAAAAGAGACAAGGACUGUGGUAGCAACAGCUUCUCUUUAAAGCUGGAAGGGGCCCCAGGUUCCUUCUUGGAUUGAAAUAGAAACACACGGGGCACACCUCUUUGAGGUGCUGCUCACACUUCGUGGAAAGCGCGGUGGUCGGGGAGGUACUAUAGUAUCUCCUCUGAAGAAUUUUUCCUUGCUGGAGGUGUUCUGUCCUACCCUGGUACCUCCCCUUCUUUCCUUCUGAAGACUUCCCUCCAUCCAUGAGCUGUUGGAUCUGUCCGACUGCCCGCGUUCUCCACCUGCAGCCAUUUGCAUGUGUACAGCCUACUGUUUGUCUCCAGUUUGUAAACUGUAUAAGUUGUGUUUCUUAAUCUCUCCUUCUGCCUUGUUCUGGGGAGGUGGUUAUUCAUCAUUUGGAAUCACCUUUCCCCCUCCCAUGUGCUUUCCUUCGUUUGGGAUCUUUUGACCUUUGGUUCUGUUUGGGAGGGGGAAGGGUGGUAAUUCUCCAUUUUCUGUUUCCCUGGUUUUCCUCUGUACUCUGCUCUCCGUCGUCUCCCUCGUCCCGUUUUCUUGUCUGUUCUGCCGCUGUGUGGGCCUGGGCUAUGCGGCAGGGCAGAUCUCCCAUCAGAGCUCCAACAUGCCCGCAGAGUCUGGAAAGAGAUUCAAACCCAGCAAGUAUGUUCCGGUCUCAGCAGCAGCCAUCUUCCUAGUGGGAGCCACGACCCUCUUCUUUGCCUUUACCUGUCCAGGACUAAGCCUCUCUGUGUCACCUGCAGUGCCCAUCUACAAUGCGAUUGUUUUUCUCUUUGUGCUGGCCAACUUCAGCAUGGCCACCUUCAUGGACCCAGGGAUCUUCCCUCGAGCUGAGGAGGAUGAAGACAAGGAAGAUGACUUCCGAGCUCCCCUUUACAAAACAGUGGAGAUCAAGGGCAUCCAGGUGCGCAUGAAAUGGUGUGCCACCUGCCGCUUCUACCGUCCUCCUCGAUGUUCCCACUGCAGUGUCUGUGACAACUGUGUGGAGGAAUUUGAUCAUCACUGCCCCUGGGUGAACAACUGUAUCGGUCGCCGGAACUACCGUUAUUUCUUCCUCUUCCUCCUUUCCCUGACGGCCCACAUUAUGGGUGUGUUCGGCUUUGGCCUCCUUUAUGUCCUUUACCACAUGGAGGAACUCUCAGGGGUCUGCACGGCUGUCACAAUGGCAGUGAUGUGUGUGGCUGGCUUGUUCUUUAUCCCGGUAGCUGGCCUCACAGGAUUUCACGUGGUGCUGGUGGCUAGGGGGCGCACAACCAAUGAACAGGUUACGGGUAAAUUCCGGGGAGGUGUGAAUCCCUUCACCAAUGGCUGCUGUAACAAUGUCAGCCGUGUACUCUGCAGUUCCCCAGCACCCAGGUAUUUGGGGAGACCAAAGAAAGAGAAGACGAUUGUAAUCAGACCGCCCUUCCUUCGGCCAGAAGUGUCAGAUGGGCAAAUAACUGUGAAGAUCAUGGACAAUGGCAUCCAGGGAGAGCUGAGGAGAACUAAGUCUAAAGGAAGCUUGGAGAUAACAGAAAGCCAGUCUGCAGAUGCUGAACCUCCACCUCCUCCUAAGCCGGACCUGAGCCGUUACACGGGGCUACGCACACACCUCAGCCUGGCUACUAAUGAGGACAGCAGCCUCUUGGGCAAGGACAGCCCACCAACACCUACCAUGUACAAGUAUCGGCCGGGCUACAGUAGCAGCAGUACAUCAGCCGCCAUGCCUCAUUCUUCCAGCGCCAAGUUGAGUCGUGGGGACAGCUUGAAGGAGCCAACCUCCAUUGCUGAGAGCAGCCGCCAUCCCAGCUACCGCUCAGAGCCCAGUUUGGAGCCAGAGAGCUUCCGUUCUCCCACCUUUGGCAAAAGCUUUCACUUCGAUCCACUAUCCAGUGGCUCCCGCUCCUCCAGCCUCAAGUCAGCCCAGGGCACAGGCUUUGAGCUGGGCCAGUUGCAGUCCAUUCGUUCAGAGGGCACAACCUCCACCUCCUAUAAGAGCUUGGCCAACCAGACACGCAAUGGAAGCCUGUCUUAUGACAGCCUGCUCACUCCUUCAGACAGCCCUGAUUUUGAGUCUGUGCAGGCAGGGCCUGAGCCAGACCCGCCUUUAGGCUACACCUCUCCCUUCCUGUCAGCCCGGCUGGCCCAGCAACGGGAAGCCGAGAGGCACCCACGUUUGGUGCCAACCGGCCCAACGCACCGAGAGCCCUCACCAGUCCGGUACGACAAUCUGUCGCGUCAUAUUGUGGCCUCCCUCCAAGAACGAGAGAAGCUGCUACGCCAGUCACCCCCAGUCCCAGGCCACGAGGAAGAACCAGGCUUGGGAGACUCAGGCAUUCAGUCAACACCAGGCUCAGGCCAUGCCCCUCGUACUAGUUCCUCCUCAGAUGAUUCAAAGAGAUCACCCUUGGGCAAGACUCCACUUGGACGACCUGCCGCCCCGCGUUUUGGCAAGCCCGACGGGCUAAGGGGCCGGGGACUAGGCUCCCCUGAACCAGGCCCAACUGCCCCCUACCUGGGCCGAUCUAUGUCUUACAGCAGCCAAAAAGCCCCACCUGGUGUCUCUGAGACGGAGGAAGUGGCCUUGCAGCCAUUACUGACACCCAAAGAUGAAGUACAGCUCAAGACGGCCUACAGCAAAUCCAACGGGCAGCCCAAGAGUAUAGGCUCAGCCUCCCCUGGCCCAGGCCAGCCGCCUCUCAGUAGCCCCACAAGGGGAGGAGUCAAGAAGGUGUCAGGGGUGGGUGGCACCACCUAUGAGAUUUCGGUGUGAGCCUUGGGCACCUCCCCUCCCCCACGCCUCUGCGCCUACACCAAAGGGCCUCAGGUGGCCACCUUCCUUUCCUCGAGGGGCUCCCCUCCCCUGCAUGGACAUUUUUCAAACCACCGAUUCCAAGAGGAUGAGGAGUAUUUUAUAACAUGCAGUGGGGUUGGGGAGUCGGAGAGUCGGGGCCCUGAGACUGGGGUAGUAACCCCCUUCACCUUUUAAGACCUUCCCUUCCUUAACCCCUGGACCAGACUCAGUGGACAUUUGUGCAAUUGCUCGCCCUGGAGGGAACCAGAUCAUUUUUAAACCAGAAAUAAUUUUUUUUAUUAUUGUUA